CACAAGAGGAGCACAGCGUCGAGAUCUGAAGGAAGAUUAGCUCACUGUCAAAGCAGGAAGACAUGAGCGGGAGGAGAUGAGGAGCUUCUCUGCACAGGAACACUGCUCAUAAUCGCACUGACUGAUGUCCUUUCCCUCUGUGUCACAGCCAGAGAGCAGAAAAAACAGGUUAAAGAGAAGAGAAGAGUGAUCUGUCAGAUGUUCAAGGUCCCACAGAUGCUGGAUUUGAUAUAUUUUUAUUUUUAUAUGUCCUCAUAUUGUCAGAGUCUUCUCCACAUGCUCUUUGUCCUGCACAGAGAAGAAUCCACAUCAUAAAUCCAUCACCGCUGACUGAAUCCUCGCUCUUCAAGACGAGCAGCUGCCUCCUGAGGCAAGGAACUGGAAUCAGAUCACAAGGAUUUCACUCCCAGUCUCCACUUGUCGGCCGUCAGAACUUUAAAAAAAGGGGACAGGACGAGUGAAAACACUGCAGGGAAAGUCCUGAAAAAGAACUUUGGAUUCAUUCAGUGGCUCAGUUACUCUCUGGCUUCUCAGUCGGGAAACAUCUGGACAUUUAAUGCAUGUGGGCAUAUGGUGUAACGGUUGUCUGUGUGACCUUCGAUCGCAGAACUCCACACGCGACUGCAAGAUGACGUCCGAGGAGCUCUUCAACCUGCCGCUCAACGUCUACGUCAUCAUCCUGGGCAUCGGCCUCUUCGUCCUCAUGCUCAGCUUCAUCUUCUGCUGCUAUCUCUUCAGACUGAGGCGACAAAGUGCAAGAGGACAGUUUGGAUACAGUGAGGUCGUCUUGAAAGGAUCAGACAAGAAACUGAGCCUCCUUGGUCAAACAUGUGCAGUUUGUUUAGAAGAGUUUUGCAGCCGAGAUGAACUCGGGGUGUGUCCGUGUUCACAUGCUUUCCACAAGAAGUGUCUCCUAAAAUGGUUAGAAAUCCGCAGUGUGUGCCCCAUGUGCAACAAGCCGAUUUGUCGCAUCCAGCCCGAACCUCCACACGCAUCAGAGAGGCCACAGAUCCCAAUGGCGAUCUGAGAGGGGGGACGCACAUCUAUCUGGUCUUCAUCACCACCUGUCACUGUAGAGGGUCAUGUUUCACCAUUGGACACACUGUAUUUGAAGUUAAAUGGUUCAGGUAGAGCUAUCGUGGAAGAAUGCAUCUUGGUAUUCCUGAAGAACUGAGCCAAAGUCUAGAUAAUGCCAUUUACUGAACCCUAGCUGGGUUAUGCUAAUCCACAAGUGCCUCAAGCUUAAGGUCCUCUGAAGGCUGUAGGAGUAUCAAACUCACAGCUGGUGAUUGGGUGUUAUUGCAGCCUCCUAAACUGGAAAAGACUAUGACUUAAAAGCCAUUAACUCUAGAUAUUUUAGUGCAGCGAGAGACUGUCUGGGUGAGAAGUCAGGGAACAUCCAAGCUUGAACGUCCAGGAAAAUGGUACUAGCCCACUUUCUCCAAGUGAAAUUGAUUUUCCUGCUGAUAUUGGCUCACUCAGACAAUAUCCGGAAUCUUGACCAUGGAUCUGGCAGUAGGAGUUCUGAAAAAUGCUCAAACGUCUUUGGUGGACAAUUUUGGGACAUGUCGUGACAUGUGUGGAAGCAGCAUACAAGACCUGUGUUAGCUCAGCUUUUCAACAAUACUACAGUUUUACUUGACUGUCAAUGUAACCUUUUAACCUCUGCUUAUGGGGUAACAUGUCAGUGUUGUCUGUUUACUGUCUGAUUACUCAAACAUUAUUGCAGGAUUAGGGCGCUUCUAGUUUUUUUUAUUUAUCUGUGAAGAUUCUCAGCCGUCCAGUUCUUGGUCAAAUUUCAUCAAGAGUCCCUGUGCUGUUUCACCUCUCGUGUUAAGAGGCAGUCGAACCCCUGGGUGUUUGAACCCCUGUUGUUUUGACAGUCAUUGCACUUACUGGCCCUGUGUACACAACCAUCGUUCAUGCAGUUAACUCGGGCUGGACAUGCAAAUGCUUGUUAUAUAUCCUGAGAGGGAAUGAAAAGACAGCAUUGUAAUGGUAAAUGGGGAAUCACAUGUACACAAGGGAGGCUUCAGCUGGAAAGUUUGUCAUCCAGUAUGUUUCCAUGCACAAUGAAAUGCUGUUCAACCAAAAUUCUGAUGCUGUCCUAGUACCAUGGUUCUCAAACUGUGGUACGUGUACAACCAGUGGUACAUACGUGAACUUUCUCUGGUGGUACGUGGGGGACAAUCAGAAAUACUGUUCUCCUGUAUAUACCAGGGUAUGUGACCUAAUCUCUGGCUGAAAGGUCCGUAGCUGACUUUGCUCGGCCUAUUUACAUCACUGUAUUUUAACGGUAGCGAUAAUGGCGUUACUUCAAGAGCUCAAUAUUUUUUGAAGUUUGAGAACCAUUGGCCUAGUAUACAGACAUCCCAUUUCAGCUUGUUAGCGUGGCAGUUUUCAGUGUGGUGUGUCUUCCCACCAUUCAUGUGCUCAAAAAAUAUCCAGUUCUUUAAGCUGAUCGAGCAUAAAAACACAUGUGCGACUCUGGACCGACUGAAGGUAUCAUGCAGUUGUAACUCAACUCCCUCAUCACAUUAUCUGGGUGUGUUAGGAUGAUCUCAAGAACUUUUUAUUUAGUAUAAUUUCAGUCAGACUUACAUGUCAAAGUUUGUAGUUGUAAUUCUUUUUUUUCCUAAUGUCAUGUAAAACUGCUGACUAAUUGUGAGCGGAGCUGUGUCAAGUGUUGCCGAACUGCUUUGUUAAUCUGUUGCAUCACUUUGCUGGCAUUGCAGGCGACAGAGGUUGAGAAAUGUCCAACUUUCCAAGCAGUGACAAGAGCACCUGCCAAUGAAUUCAUGUGUUUAAGCUCAAACACCACACUAUCCAAACCGAGAUCCCUGACAAGUCCAACAGUCCAGACAUGUCCAACAGUGGUGGACAUAACAGCACUCUUUAAUUUAGCAACAACACUGCUCUGCUAACUUCCUAUUUCCACCUCUAUCGCACCAAGCGUCCAGCCGAUAUUUUCUGGCUGGGUCUCUUGUUUCAUAUGCGAAGUUUUGAGCAGAUCGGUCAAUGAAAUACCUGUUUCACUACCUGUUUCGUGGCGAAUGGCUAAAAUUAGCCCAAAUUCUGAUGGUUGUCAUGGCCACGCCAAAUUCAAAAUGGCGACUUCCUGUUGAGUUGAGGCCAUGGUCCCAAUAGACUUGUUUGUUCGUCUUGGACUGUGACAUGUUCCCACCAAGUUUCGUGAAAUUUGGUGCAACAUAGUUUUGUCUUUGUCCUACCGGGUUUCACUUUUGGGGGGCGCUACUGUUG